AUUUUUCGUACUGGGUCUUCGGUUUUGGAAAGGGUACCUAAUCGAACUCCACCAACUAGCCUUUCAGGAUACCUGUCGUCACUAUUACAAAGUCUGUGACUACACCUCUUAACCAUAUUUUUUGUUAAAUAACACCAAAUACGCGACAAAAAGGCUAACUAAAUCCAUACUGGACCAUGCAAUGUUGUCAGAGAAAAUGGCGGGAGCAAAAACGGGCUUUGGUCUAUGCAGAUCUCUGGCCUCUGAUUGGUCAGUGACGCGGAUUGCGCAAUAUCCACGGAGGGGUCAAUUGAGCCUUUACUGCGGCACGUAUUACGUCACAUCCGUGUAAGUAGGUCAUGUGACUCGCCAAAAUGGCGGCACCCGUGAAAAUUCGUAGUUGCCGAUAAAAAUCUUCUCAAAAUAACGGAUUACUGCACCUUGGAUAGGUCACCGAAAUGAAAUUGUUUGCCCGAAAUUGAAAAUGAUGAAAACCAAGACAUCGAAUGAAAUUAUGACAAUUAUUUGUAACGUUACAUUUGUGUGUAUGAGUUACAGCGCUACCAACCGAUAGAAAUUCACUCCUGGAGCAAUUUCUCUUUUGGCCCCUGUUGUCAGGUGACGUACAAAAUUAAUUUUCAUUUCCAGGUGGUGUGUGUGCUUCUAUUAUUAUUUUCUCCCCAAAAUUUUCAUUACUUUGCCGAUCGCGGUCAAUCCCAGCCUGUUUUUUAUAUUUUAAAGAACAUUGUAACGGUUUAACGAAAAGUGCUAUACAAAUAAAAUUUUGUUUUAUUAUGGACUACUAUUGUUCUUUAAUUAAAAAAAAAAGAACAGAUGCGGUUAAUAAAAUCAAUACAAUUUUUAACGUUUUCACUCGUUAACUCACCAGGCUGCAUGCAUGCAAUACAUAUUUUGACCACACGGGGGAAACCUUUCCUCACGUGUAAAGUGACACAGUUGUCAAUGCAGCAGCAACAACUGGGCAAACCUAAAAAUGUCUUCAACUUUAUUUCAUUCCUAAAAUAUUCAAUUGUUUAUUCUAUUUAUCAUUUAAUGAAUGAUAAUGAAAACGAAAUAGUUCAUGUGUAUUUCUAUCAUCUAUAAUUGUUGCAAUUGAGGACCGGUCCAGGGUGUAGACGGCUUCUCGCCCCAAAACUGAUGGACGGAAGCGCGUUUAUUUUCAUUUUCAUUGUUAUUCUCAGUGUUUAUUAUAUGAUAUCUGAAUGUAAUUGAAAAUUGCAUAUGUAUAAGGAAUAUAAACCUGUUCAUAUUUCAAACGUUUUGUUUCCCCGACAUCGUAAAUCAAUUCACCAACUGUUUAUUGCGUUACGGUUAAUGAAUAAAAAAAAAAAUAGAAAUGGAUUCAGUUGGCGAUGUGAUCCAUUCAGUCCAAUAUGAAUCGUACACACACAUGCACAAGGCAACACACAUUUAUUUAAGUACUGUAUAUGCUUAGAUUAAUACAGUACAUUUAUUAGUCUUCAAACAAUGCUGGGUGGCAAUCUAACUCAGCAGGCACCUUCCUGUUUACAUCCCCAUCGCUCAUCUAACAUAAAAUACAUAUUUGGGGAAUGCGAAAGGAAUGCAAGCACGCAAACGCCAAUUGUUUUGCUUUCUUUUGAUGCAUCACACGGCGGAUAACUUGUAGUACAGGCAAGAAUGUUCAAAUGUUCCUUAAUUUCUGACUGCUCGGGCAAUAAUGGAAUUAAUUCACUUUAUAUUUCAUUCAGGCGGCACGGUGUAGCAGCUGGUGAAGGGUUGGCCUCACAGUUCUGAGGUCCCGGGUUCAAUCCCAGCCCCGCCUGGGUGGAGUUUGCAUGUUCUCCUGUGCUUGCGUGGGCUUCCUCCGGGCACUGGGAUUGGCUGGCUACCCACUUCAGGGUGUACCCCGCCUCCUGCCUGUUGACAGCUGCGAUAGGCUCGAGCACUCCCAGUGACCCUCAUGAGGAUAAGCACCAGAAGAAUGGGUGGAUGGAUGAAUUAAAUAUUUUCAAAAUAGUUUGCUAAGUAAAGUUCUGUCGUAUACAACUUUUAAGUACAAUAUUUUUUGGGGGAAUUUAAGUAUUUUUUUUUAACUUACGUGCAAUACAUUUUAAUAGAAUUAUUGCCAUGUUCAUAUUUAAACUGUGCAAAAAGUUACAGUAGCUCACAAUAAAUCAUAUUAAAUUUUAAAUAUUUAUUUAUACUUAAUUUUAAACCGCUGGCAGUCUUCUCGGGCAGCCCGGAUAUUUGACUUAUAUAUCCGUCAAUGGCAGUGAAUGUGCUAAUAAUGUUGGUCAUUAUGGUGGUAAUUGGAGAGUUGAGAAUUUUUUUUUUAAAAUAGAAGAUACUUGUGAUUUAUUGAUGAAGAGAACCCCCCCCCCUCACUGCUUCUGCUCUCCCCCCCCCCCCUUUAAAAUAUGCUUCUUGAUUUGAGUUUUCAGCCCUUCUGUCUGACCUUUCCCAAACUUUCCAGGCACGCUUCGUCGCCGAAAGCUCCUUCGAACCCGGCGACUUUAUUGUACUGUCAUGUCGCACACCAGUGCAGGACUGGCGAGGGUGGCAGCGGAGGCGAAGGCCAAACCCCCCCCCCUACGCGGUGGCAUUCGGUUCCCGACGUUUGUGGGCCGAGGGGGAGGAUUUCCUUUUCAACAUGUCUGGCUGGUAAAUAUGUCAACGGGUUGGAAAGUGAUCCCGCCAAAAACAGGUGGGAUGUUUUCAGACCAUGCCGUGGGAGUGGGAGUUUCCACACACGCGCACACACACACACACACACACACAUAAUUUGAAAAAUGAUGCAACUUUUUCAGACACUGACCCAAUACCUACAAAAAGUAGCAAUACGUAAUCAAAACAGCGGCGUCCAAAUAGUUUGGAUGCCACACUGGCUGAUGACGAGGAGGAUGGGCUUUUUGUUGUCGCCAUGGUAACCCCAGAUCAUCCGGUUCACGAGUUGAAAAUAUUGUAAGAUCAUCUUUUUUGUUUAUUGUAGAUGUACGCUAAAAUGAUCAAGCAGUAUUUACAGCCGCGCAACCGUGCGGCCAUUAUGCAUAAUAUCAAUACAAAAUAUGAACGUGAUGUGCAGGUAUUUUUUUUUUUCUGUCCACUUGGGAUACCAUCCUCAUGUUGUACAGUGUAGUAUCUGUGACUAUGACAGGUGGGGCCUGGCCUGUUGCGUGACAUAGGAGUCAGCGAAUCAGAGUGUGUAGUUGGCUGACUGUUACCUGUACGAUUUUUAAUAAAAUGUAUUGCUGUGUUGUAUCUACAUCUUUGAUUUUGUUUUAUUUUGUUUAUGGAUGUGCUUUGUACUUUAAUUUGUUGUUAUUUUAAGGUUUUGGUUUUAUUAUUAUUAUUUUUUUGCUUUCAUUUGAUAAUUUUUACAUUUUACAUUUCCUUUAAAUAAUGUUUUAGUGUUUAGUUUUUUAAUUUUUUUACAUUUGACACAUCUGGGAUCUUAGAUUUUUUUUGUUCAAUUUCGGUUUUCAGAUGUCUAUAUUUUUAUUUUUACAUUUACUGUUUGAUGCUUUGCUCGUCGCCACAUCCUCUUUUUAAAAAUGAGUGUGCUUUUAUUUUAUUAUUAUUAUUUUUUUUUACACUUUUUCCCCUGCAUCUUAGAUUUGUGAUUUUACAUUUGAUACAUCUGGUACCUUAGAUAUUUUUUUUUGUUCAAUUUCUAUUUUCAGAUGUCUAUAUUUUUAUUUUUACAUUUAUUGUUUGACGCUUUGCUUGCUGCCAUAUCUGCUUUUAAAAUGAAUUUGCCUUUAUUUUAUUUAGAUUUUUUUACACUUUUCCCUGCAUCUUAGAUUUGUUAUUUUACAUUUGACACAUCUGGUAUCUUGGAUAUUUUUUUGUUUGUUCAAUUUCUGUUGUCAGAUAAUGUCUAUAUUUUUAUUUUCACAUUUAUUGUUUGACGCUUUGCUCGCUGCCAUAUCUUCUUUUAAAAUUAAUUUACCUUUAUUUUAUUGCGAUUUUUUUUUACACUCCUCCCUGCAUCUUAGAUUUGUAUCAUGUUCUCUUUAAUUCAACUAUAAAUUCUAAUAUUUUAUUUUGUGCAUUGAUUUAUUUCACUUUAUGCAUUUUAUUAUGUUUUAGUUGGAACGGUUUAUCUCUCCGAGUCUUGUCAAUUAUUACUCUAAAUGUGAUUUGUCGCUACAUUCAGAAGGAGGGUCCACGUUUUCCUCCUCAUCAAAUCAGCCCCCCCCCCCCGCUUCUCCAUUGCGUCCUACUCGUGGACGCGCUGCGCGAGCACGGACAGCUCUGUGGAGGAAGCCUGGAGGAGAGAAGCGCGACGUGACGUGCCGUGACGUGAAGUGACGGCAAGGACUGCAGACAGAUCCACGCAGAAGCCCAGAGACACCCCCCCCACCCCCACCCCACGCCCUCCUCCCCCCUUUCACACACGCCGGAGUUGCUUUUCCUCCCCGAAUCGGAUCCUUCCAAAUGCUCGUCACAUCCGAGCGGCGGAUUGCGCCUCGCGUGUCCGGACGCAGCGCGCUGGGCUCCGGCUGACUCGGUGGCGUUCGGCCGCUCUUCCGCGUCGCUCGGGCGGACAGGAGGAGGAGGAGGAGGCGGCGGCGGCGGCGGCUCGGUGGUGGUGCUGGUGGAGGUUGGGAUGUCCUGAGUUCCUCCCAGCGGGCCCGGAGAGAGCGCUGCGCCGAUGGGAGCGGCUGUGCCACCAUGAGCUUACAAGAUGGCAGCUGCAGCUACGCCAGCAGCGCCAACAUGGCCGCCGCCAGCGGUAGCAUGCGGCGGCGCCUGGAGGACCAGGAGUUCACCCUGCGAGUGUACCCGGGCACCCUGGCGGAAGGGACCAUCUACUGCCCCGUCCCCGCCCGCAAGAACACCACGGCGGCCGAGGCCAUCGAGUACCUCCUCGAGCGGCUGCGCCUGGACCGCACCAAGUGCUACGUUCUGGCCGAGGUCAAGGAGUUCGGCGGCGAGGAGUGGAUCCUCAACCCGGGCGACUGCCCCGUGCAGCGCAUGAUGCUGUGGCCCAGAAACGCUCUGGAGAACCGCGGCGGCCUGGGCAGCGGCGACGACUACCGCUUCCUCCUACGGGAAAAGAACCUGGACGGGUCCAUCCACUACGGCGGCAGCCUGCAGAUGUGGCUGCGGGUGACCGAGGAGCGCCGGCGCAUGGUGGAGCGGGGUUUUCUCCCCCAACCGGCCGAGAGCGACCCCCCGACGGAUCUCUGCGCUCUCCCGGAACUGACCGAGCGCGCCCUUUUGGAGAGCCUGCGGGCGCGUUUCCGCCAGGAGAAGAUCUACACCUACAUCGGGAGUAUCCUCAUCGUGGUCAACCCCUUCCAGUUCCUGCCCAUAUACAACCCCAAGUACGUCAAACUGUACGACAACCACGCCCUGGGCAAGCUGGAGCCUCACAUCUACGCCGUGGCCGACGUGGCCUACCACGCCAUGCUGCAGCGGCGCAGGAACCAGUGCAUCGUCAUCUCGGGCGAGAGCGGCUCCGGGAAGACGCAGAGCACCAACUUCCUCAUCCACCACCUGACCGCCCUCAGCCAGAAGGGCUUCGCCAGCGGGGUGGAGCAGAUCAUCCUGGGGGCGGGGCCGGUGCUGGAGGCUUUCGGGAACGCCAAGACGGCCCACAACAACAACUCCAGUCGCUUCGGAAAGUUCAUCCAGGUCAACUACCAAGCCAGCGGCACCGUUCGGGGGGCAUAUGUGGAGAAGUACCUGCUGGAGAAAUCCCGUCUGGUGUACCAGGAGCACAAUGAGAGGAACUACCACGUCUUUUACUACCUUCUGGCCGGCGCCAGCGAGGAGGAGAGGAAGACCUUCCAUCUGCUCCAACCUGAGGAGUACCACUACCUCAACCAGAUGACAAAGAAAUCGCACAAACUCCACUGGGACAAUUUCUAUGAGAGCGAGCCGCAGGACUGCUUCAGCGUGGAGGGCGAGGACCUGAAACACGACUUUGAGCGUCUGCAGCUGGCGAUGGAGAUGGUCGGCUUCCUUCCCGCCACACGCAAGCAGAUUUUCUCACUGCUGUCGGCCAUCCUCCACCUGGGCAACAUCCGCUACAAGAAGAAGACCUACCGGGACGACUCCAUCGACAUCUGCAACCCAGAAGUCCUUCCCAUCGUCUCGGAGCUGCUGGAGGUAAAAGAGGAAAUGCUGCUGGAAGCGCUGACCACCAGGAAGACGGUGACUGUCGGGGAGCGACUCAUCGUGCCCUAUAAACUUGCAGAGGCGGGCACCGUGAGGGACUCCAUGGCCAAGUCGCUGUACAGCGCCCUCUUCGACUGGAUCGUGUUCCGGGCCAAUCACGCGCUGCUCAACAACAAGGACCUGGAGGACAAUUCAAAGAUCUUUUCCAUCGGCGUGUUGGACAUCUUUGGAUUCGAGGACUACGAGAACAACAGCUUCGAGCAGUUCUGCAUCAAUUUUGCCAACGAGCGGCUGCAGCACUACUUCAACCAGCACAUCUUCAAACUCGAGCAGGAGGAGUACCGAGCCGAGGGCAUCAGCUGGCACACCAUCGACUACAUCGACAACAGCGGCUGCAUCAACCUCAUCAGCAAAAAACCCACCGCGCUCUUCCACUUGCUGGACGAGGAGUGCAAUUUUCCUCAGGCGUCCAAUCAGACCUUGCUGGACAAGUUCAAGCGGCAGCAUGAGGGAAACAGCUACAUCGAGUUCCCCGCCGUCAUGGAGCCCGCGUUCAUCAUCAGGCACUACGCCGGGAAAGUCAAGUACGGCGUUAAGGACUUCCGGGAGAAGAACACGGACCACAUGCGUCCCGACGUGGUGGCUUUGCUGAAGAGCAGCAAGAACGCCUUCAUCUGCGGCCUGAUGGGUAUCGACCCCGUGGCCACCUUCCGCUGGGCCGUGUUGCGCGCCUACUUCAGGGCCCUGGUGGCUUUCAGGGAGGCCGGACGCCGGCACACGCACAAGAAGACGAGUCACGACGCCGCCAUCCCUUGCGUCGCUGUCAAAACGGUCGACAGCUUCAGUUUCCUCCAUCAUCCCGUUCACCAGAGGAGCCUUGAGAUCCUGCAAAGGUGCAAAGAUGAGAAAUACAGCAUCGCAAGGAGGAAUCCUCGCUCUCCGCUGUCAGACCUGCAAGGCGCCAACACCCUGAACGAGAAAGCCAGCCGGGAUGGCUUCGGCGUGGGCUGCAACGGUCGCGGCCCGAGGUCGGGACGCCUGUCUUCGGCGGGGAGCCCGGCGGCCCUGGGGGAGGACGGCAUCUUCGUCAACUCGUCCAACAGCAAACUUCUGGAACGAGCUCAGGGAAUCCUACUGAGAAACAAAAACUGCAAAAUCAAGCCCAGUCUGCCCAAGCACUUGUUAGACGUGAAGUCUCUGCGCCACUUGAGCAGCGUGACGUUGCACGACCGCAUCACCAAGUCGCUGCUUCACCUGCACAAGAAGAAGAAACCGCCCAGCAUCAGCGCUCAGUUCCAGGCCUCCCUGAAUAAGCUGAUGGAGACUCUCAACCAGUCAGAGCCGUACUUUGUCAAGUGCAUCCGCUCCAAUGCUGAAAAGCUACCGUUACGAUUUAACGACAGCUUGGUGCUCAGACAGCUGCAGUACACCGGGAUGCUGGAAACUGUCCGGAUCCGGCAGUCGGGGUACAGCGUCAAGUACACCUUCCAGGAUUUUGUCCGUCACUUCCAUGUGCUGCUGCCUCGAGGCACGAGUGCGACCAAGUCCGGCAUCCGGGAGUUCUUCAGGCAGAUCCACCUGAUGCCCGCCGGCUACCAAGUGGGCAACACAACGGUGUUCCUGCGCGAGGUGGAGCGUCAGCGCCUUCAGACCCUCCUCCACCAGGAAGUUCUGCGGCGCAUCGUCACACUGCAGCGCCGCUUCCGGGCGGUCCUGGAGAGGAAGAACUUUGUCAGGAUGAGGCUGGCUGCGUGUGUCCUUCAGCGAUGGUGGCGAUGCUGCCUUCUCCGAGAUUCCGCCAUGGAGCUGAGGCUGGAGGAGGACGCCGUCGUGUGCCUCCAGGCGGCCUGGAGGCGCUGCAGGCAGCGCCGGACGUUCCUCCGGUGGCGGCACUCGGCCGAGGCGAUCCAGAGGGGCUGGAGGCGGCGCAGGCGUCGGAGGACCGCGGCGGCCGUCACGCUGCAGGCGGCCUGGAGGGGAUUCGCGGAGAGGAGGCGCUACUGUGAGAUGUGCAGGACUGUGACGCAGCUGCAAGCGAUGGGAAGGGGUUACCUGGCCCGGCGCAGGUUCCGAGAGCUCCAGCAGCUGCAUGAAAGGCAACCACCCACCCAAUCCGUUCAAGGACCCAUUGAUGACCUCGUCUCGUCAUCAGGACAGAACCUCUCUGGAGAACCGACGGAAGACUUUUCACUCGCAGAGAAGGACCCGGAUCGAAGUCGCAGUGCGGACGAGGCAACCCACAAGACUCGAUCCAAGAGAGAGAGCAGGCGGAUGAGAGAACUGGAGCAUGCCCAGUUCAGCUUGGAGCUUCUCAAGGUUCGGACCAGUAGCGUUGGAACGCCACCUCAAGGAGAGCUGGAUCCAGAGGACAGCGCCUGUCCAGCAGAAGACCACCACAGACUUUCACCUCUGGGGUCCCUUGACAGCAUUGAAAUGUUCACGGCCGAGGACACGGAGGCCGAAGGUUCGGGAGACUUUGGAUCCCAGUCGACAGCUCCUCAGGUGUCUACGAAUACAGACGGUCACGCUAAAGACCCGCUGAGAGAUUCAAACCACAACGAAAAACCCGAGAUGAAGUCACCUCUCAGGACUGAGGGUCCAAGGGCAACUUUUUAUAUCUCUUCUGACCAAAGUCCAGUUCGAGAACCAAAAUGUGAGAGCCCCAGCAAAUCUUACAAAGACAGACGGGAGUCCACCUCUCGAAGGCCCGUUGUGGUUUUGAUCAGCAUGCAAAAGGAGAGCCCUCUAGACGAGCGGCUGCCGGUACCCCAAACUCCAGAAAUAAUUUCUCAACAAAGAGAAGCACCGUCCAGUUCCCAACGGAUGCAUGUAUCAGAUUUAGAUGUAGGAUCUACGGUUGAACCACUACAUGAAAGGACUACACAGUCCACCCUUGCAGAAGGGGUUCCUUCUUUGGUUCCAUCUUCAACCACUCAUGCAGCAAGUCCAGAAGCACCCGGCCUUUGCUCUUCAGAAGUCGACAUUAAGGUCACCCUGGAGCCCAAACCCGGCGGUCCUCCUAUUCCAUCGGGUCAGCAGGAGAAGAAGACUGUCCCACCUGGCCAGGGAGCUCCCAGCCAGGCCCUUGAGACCAAGCCGCCCAAGGCCCAGAGGAAGACCUCGGCGCAGACUGUGAUCGUCAACAUGACGGAGAAGCCCGCUGGCACUGCGUUCUUGCCACCCAGACGCAAGCUGCCUUUCUCGAAGUCAGAUAAGGAUCUGGUCAACCAGGAAAGGUCUUUGUCCAUGUUCAGAGAUGAUUCCAGAAGCAGAGAGCAGGUGGGCCGCCCGGGCCCCAAAAAGAAACCGCGCAUGUCCCGGACGCGCUCCGACUUCCUCACCCGCUGUAACUCGGAGGGGGCGACGCAGUCAGACGACGACGACGAGUACUACGUCCCCGCCCACUCCCGCACGCUGCCCCCCACCCUGUGCCCCCCGCGCGCCCGCCCCAAGGCCGACUGUCACAGUGACUCCGAGAUGGAGUCCCACAAAGAUCCCAAGAAGAUCCAUAAAACCAUGUCAUCGGGAGACUUGGGCAAAGUAGAGGUGCUGAGGAAAACCUCCAGUCAGGAUGGAAGCCGGAUGAGAGGGAAGAUGCGAUUCUGGAGUAAAAACAAACACAGCGGGAAGAAAAUGUCCAGGGAGAAACCGGCCGGCAGGAGCGACGGUCCUGCAGAGACGCUUGAGGGCCCGUCCCCGCCUGGCAGUCCCGAUCUGGAGGCCGCCCCCCCGCGGGGGGUGCGCGACAGCAAGGAGAACAAGGAGCCGUCCCCCAAGAUGAAGCGGCGCCGCAGCGUCAAGAUCAGCAGCGUGGCCCUGGAGCCCGCCCAGUGGCAGAACGACGCGCUGCACAUCCUCAGCUCGGCCCACGACUAUCGCACCAUGAACGACUUCCUCCUGAAAAAGAUCGCUGACCUGGAGAGCGAAAACGGCAAGAAGGACACCAUGGUGGAUGUGGUCUUCAAGAAAGCCCUGAAGGAGUUCCGCAUCAACAUCUUCAACUCGUACUCCACCGCCCUGGCUAUGGACGACGGUAAGAGCAUCCGUUACAAGGACCUGUACGCCCUGUUCGAGCACAUCCUGGAGAAGACCAUGCGGCUGGAGCAGCGCGACUGGUGCGAGUCGCCGGUCAAGGUGUGGGUCAACACCUUCAAGGUCUUCCUGGACGAGUUCAUGACCGAGUACAAGCCCACGGAGGGGACCAUCGGCAGGGCUGCCAAACGAGAACGCAAAAAGUCCCGCAAGAAGGACACUGACGUCGUGGAGGAGCACAACGGCCACAUCUUCAAAUCCACGCAGUACAGCAUCCCCACGUACUGCGAGUACUGCUCCUCCCUCAUCUGGAUGAUGGACCGAGCCUGCGUCUGCAAACUCUGUCGCUACGCCUGCCACAGGAAGUGCUGCUCCAAGAUGGCCAGCAAGUGCAGUAAAAAGUACGAUCCGGAGCUGUCGCCACGCCAGUUCGGCGUGGAGCUCUCGAGGCUGACCAGCGAGGAGCGCAACGUCCCCCAACUGGUGGAGAAGCUCAUCAACUACAUCGAGAUGCACGGCCUCUACACGGAGGGCAUCUACAGGAAGUCGGGCUCCACCAAUAAGAUCAAGGAACUGCGUCAAGGGCUGGACACCGUGAGCAGCGUCAGCUUGGACGACUACAACAUCCACGUCAUCGCCAGCGUACUCAAGCAGUGGCUCCGCGACCUGCCCAGCCCGCUCAUGACCUUUGAACUCUACGAGGAGUUUCUGCGCGCCAUGGGUCAAGCCGACAAGCGGGAAGUCAUGCUGGGCGUGUACUCGGUCAUCGAGCAGUUGAGCCGCACGCACCUCAGCACGCUGGAGCGCCUCAUUUUUCAUCUGGUCAGGAUCGCGCUGCAGGAGGACACCAACCGGAUGUCGGCCAACGCGCUGGCCAUCGUCUUCGCCCCCUGCGUCCUCCGCUGCCCCGACACCAUCGACCCGCUGCAGAGCGUCCAGGACAUCAGCAAGACCACAGCGUGCGUGGAGCUGAUCAUCAACGAGCAGAUGAGCAAGUACAAAGCGCGCCUGAAGGACAUUAAUAGUCUGGAGUUCGCCGAGAGCAAAGCCAAGAGCCGGCUGUCCCACGUCAGGAGGUCCAUGAGCAAAAGCCGCGUCCGGCAGAGCGGGGCCCACCUGCAGUCGCCGCACGGCCCCAGGACGGCGCCCCCGGUGGCGGACGGCGAGAGCGCGGGAGCGGGAGGCGAGGAACCCUCCGAGGUCGCGCUGAGCGAGCAGCAGCAGCUUGCCAUGCAGCAGGAGGAGCAGAUCCUCACCGAGCAGAUCGAGAGCCUCCAAAAAGAAAAGGAGGAGCUGACGUACGAGAUGUUGAUUUUGGAGCCGCGGGCGUCCGACGACGAGACUCCUGAAUCGGAAGCGUCCAUCGGCACGGCGGACAGCUCGGAGAACAUCACCAUGGAAACGGAAGGCGCCGCCGCCGAGACCCCCGAGUCCGGCGCUUGCGGCUCCAGAAAAUGGGAGCCGAAGAGCAGGCGACAACUGCGGCGCCAUCCCGACUCGGUGGACUCCGCCGACUCGGCCUCCACCGUCUCCUCCGUCUGCUCCGGCCGACCGCCGUCCGCCUCGCCGUCCCCUCACUACCGCUUCCGCUCGUCGUCGUCGGGGCCCCUGCUGGCCUCCUACGGCCUCGGAGCGGCGGGCGACGCGUCGGAGCCCGAGCGGCGGCCCGGGAAGAGCCGCGGCCACAGGCUCCGCCUGAGCCGGAGCUCGCCGCGGGAACCCUCGAGCGGACACCGCAGGGAGCCCGAGUUCGGCUCGGCGCCGCAGCAGCUGGUUCUGUACGGUAGCAACGAGUUCAUGGUGUGACGCCGGCCGGACGGACGCGGAGGUCUUCCGAGUACGCGGGGCCUGGAUUUUCAGGUUUGGCUGAGGCUGGUCACGGGGGUCGCCCCCGCGCGCCCCCCCCCUCAGCAGAGGGACGCCGUCGGGAACACGACGGGAGGCGGCGAGCACUGAGCCAGAAGCGCAGAAGAAAAUGCAGAAAGAAAGAAGUGUGACUGAACUUUGGUGGGCCAUCUUUCUUCUUCUUCAGCUUGUAGCCAUAACGACUGAACUGCUCAGCUUUGCUAUGCUAAGCUAAGCUAAGCCCGCUUGUCACGUUUACACACCAGCCGAGAUGCUGCAUGCUCGUCCAUUUGACUUCCUGUAAAGAGCGCGCGGGAGGACAUGUCACAGCUGUUAUGUGGGCAUGUGGUGAUUGUUAUUAUUAUUAUUAUUAUAGACCUUUAUCAUAAAUAACAUUUGGAAAGCUAAGGCGCCAGGGGAACUCCGGGUGGCGGAAAAGCGAGUGGACUGAAAUGAUGACAAAAAACGUGUUUAGCUGUUGUGUCCAAAAGAUAAGUCUCAAAGGGUGAGCUGGUUUUUGUUUGUUUGUUUAUUUGUUUGUUUUCCGUUAAAAAAAAAAAAAAAAUAUAUACAAAGGAUUUGGCUGUAUAAUUUGAGCAAAUGUCGAAAUAAAAGGUAGCAAAAAAGUCCAGCGGUGGAGGAGCUGCAUCGAAACCAAACCCCCGCCAUCAGAAUUGUCGAUGUUUGUUUGAGUCUUUCGGAGUAAUUUUGGCAAAACGGAAAGGCUGGCCUGCUAACUCACGGCAGCGCUAUAGCGCCACCUGCGUUUCGCUGUUGAAAUUUGAAUUCGAGCCGGCGUUCCUGCCACUUUGGGGGGAAAACAUUUACGAAACCUGAGGCGUCCAACAAUUUGCCGAUUAUUCCACAUCGAAUCGAUUCUCAAAUGUAACUAUUUUGAUCGUUGAAGGCACAGGUGUCAAACUCAAGGCCCGGGGGCCAGAUUUGGCCCGCCCCAUGAUUUUUACGUGGCCCGCGGAGCCGAAUCUCGAGUGCCGAUUUUCAUGAUUCUAGCAAAAUGUCAUGAUCAUAAAUGAUAAAGUUGAGAUAUUAUAACCACGUUUGUUACCAAUUGAAAAACACAUUGCGCUUGAUUUCCGAUUCCUAAAGUAGUUCAUAAAUCGAUGACGUCAGUAUGAUGAGACGAUUAAAUAUUUUUAGCGUUUCACAGUCACAACGGCCCUCUGAGGGAAGCCGGAACUACGAUGCGACCCGCAAAAAAAAUGAGCUUGACACGCCUGGUUUAAGGCACCGGUGUCAAACUCAAGGCCCGGGGGCCAUAUCCGGCCCGCCACCUUCUUUUAUGUGGCUUUGUGAAGGCAAAUCGUCUCUGUCAAAUUUCAUCAGUCUUGCGAAAAUCUGUACAAAUAUUUCAAGUGGUCACAUAUCAUAAGUGAUAACUUUGAGAUAUUAUGAGCAUGAACAAUGGUUGAAAACCCAUUACACUUCCCUUUCUGAUUCCAAAACGAGUUCAUACAUUCCGUGCGUGAAUAUAGAUUUGUUAUGGUUUGACAGUCACGAAGGAAACCGUGACUACAAUGUGGCCCGCGGACAAAAAUGAGUUUGACGUCCCUGCUAUAUGGAUUUCAUAUAUCCCAUUUUUUUUGAUGGACCAAGAAGCGAGUGAAUCAUAAUUUGUGCUUAUGCAUUUAUUAUAUUUAAUAAUUGACAGGUUCAAAGAUGAUUAAAAUAAUCACGGGUAGCAGCCCUAUCAAACGAAACGUCGCACACGGAGUCGGCGUUCGAUCCCUGGACUGCGUUUUUUUUUUUUUUUU